UAGACUGGCAAAAAAAGCAGAAAUUCCUGUGUCGGAGGGUAGGCAACUGGAGGAGAGAGAAAGUUGUUGAGUGAGAAAGAUAAAGCUUUCUUUGGUUUUUCUCUCUCUCUCUCUCUCACUUUCCUCUUUCUCUUUCUCUCUCUAGGGAUUGGAUUGCGCACUCUACUAUCCAGAUUCAUAUACUAUGGACUGACUGAAUUAUUUAUCAAACCUAUUUUCCGCCGCACUACUACUAUCCAUCUAUCUAUCUCCUCAUGUUUUUCUCUCUCCUACUUUCUUCGUUUUGCUUAAUGCUUUUUGCUAUGGUGUUGUAGAUCUAAGUAAUCGUUCGUUUCCUUUUUCGCUUUAGUUUCUGAAAUUUCUGGUUUAUGGUAGAUCUAGUUGGUGCCUGAAGAAGUUGAAGCCGCUGGUAUUGUAGUCACUACGGUAUUUUUGAUGGAGGAUACUCAAUCUGUUGGCGUGCUCAUAGACUCUGCAACCUCCAAGAUACAGCAACUUCAGAAAGCAUUUGCUGAGCUUGAAAGUCACAGGGCUGUUUCCCUCAAUUUGAAAUGGAAAGAGCUGGAGGCCCAUUUCCAUGGUUUGGAAAAAUCACUUAAGAGGCGUUUUCAUGAGUUGGAAGAUCAGGAAAAGGAAUAUGAAAACAAGACAGUUGAAGCACAAGAGAUUCUAGAGAAGCGUAAAGCAGCAGUUGUGGCCAAAGAGCAGGCUUCUUUAGAGAGGCUUCAGGAGAAGAGGGAUGCUGCUGUUUUUGCUAUUGUUAAUGCUAAAGAGAAGCAGUGGAGGGAAUCAUGUGAAGAAUAUUCUGAAGCCACCAGUGAGAGCCAGGGUGGAACCAUGGAGGACACACCAACUAACUCUAUGAUAUCUGAAAUUACUUCUGAGUAUACUAGUGGAACUGCUGAAGAUGGAAGCCCAGAAGUGCAGUCAGCUGAUAAUGGAAACAGGGAGGUGACAUCUUACCCUGAGCUCGUCAAACUAUGUGAAGAGAUGGAUGCUGAGGGUCUUCAUAAUUUUAUAUCUGACAACCGCAAGAACCUUGCAUCAAUGCGGGAGGAAAUACCACAAGCUUUGAAUGCUGCUGCUGACCCUGCCUGUUUGGUUCUUGAUUCGCUGAAUAACUUCUACCGUGGUGAUGUGACAAACUUGGAUGCAAAAAAGGAUUCCAGUCUUUUGGGUCUUCGCCGCACCUGCAUCAUGUUGAUGGAGUGUCUUAGCAUUUUGUUUGCGAGUCUGGAUGCAACCUCUGUUUCUGAAAUAGUCUCUGCAGAUGUUAAGGCACGAGCAAAGGCUAUUGCUGAGGCAUGGAAGCCAAAGCUUAAUGAACUUGACAUGGAAGCUGGAAGUGGAAACUCCUUGGAGGCUCAUGCAUUUUUACAACUUCUGGCUACUUUCUAUAUUGCAUCUGAUUUUGACACAGAAGAACUAACCAAACUAGUGCCUUUGGUGUCACGUCGUCGCCAAGCUGCUGAUCUCUGCCGCUCACUUGGGUUAUCUGACAAAAUGCCAGGUGUAAUUGAAGUGCUGAUUAAUAGUGGCAGACAAAUUGAUGCUGUUAAUUUGGCCUCUCAAUUUGAGCUGACUGAACAAUUUCCCCCCGUUCCUCUGCUGCAAAACUAUUUAAAGGAAGCGAAAAAAGUUCUUUCUCCCAUUAAGCCUGGAAAUGCAUCACCGUCUUCUCCCAAUGCACAGAACAACGAUGUGAAUGAACGAGAGCUCAGUGCCUUGAAGGCUGUCCUGAAAUGUGUGGAAGAGCACAAGCUUGACGAACAGUUUCCUAUGGAGACUCUGGCAAAACGCGUACUCCAGCUCGAGAAGGCAAAAGCAGAUAAGAAACGAGCAACAGAAGUUACUAAACCUCAAUCCAAGAGGCCCCGUGCUACCAACGUGGGGUUUGCACCCCGCGUCACUAACCUUGCUGCCAACACUUCUCCGUAUGCUGCUAGGCUGACUGACAGGUACCCUCCUCCCCAGUACGUGUUUGACAACAGACCCUACGUUUACACUGCCGGACCUACUGAUAAUCACUGCCCUCCUCCUGUCUUGGGUGCCCCAGCUUAUGGCUUUCCUCCUGGCCAUGGAAAUUACUACGCCAAUGGGUACCAGUACCAGGCCCCUCCUUAUCAGUACUGAUGCUAAUUUGGUGACUGUCGUGAACUUCUGAUUUUAACUACUAAGUUUUUAACCCUUUUUCUAAGAUGUCAGGUACUGUACGUUUAAUCUUAGUAUUAGGUGGGAAAAAACUGAGAUAAUGUAAGGUGAAGUAAAAAAAAAAGGAUCAAGCUUAGUGUUUUAGCCUCUUUCAGUUUCAUGUAUAACGAGACCUUUUAAUCCUCUAAUAUAUGUACCGUGUUUUGUGUUUGUACAA